UCCAGCGGGUGGCGCUAAACACAUUUGUUUGUUUGCCAAACACCAUUAAACCUCAGACGAAGAAGAUUAGUUUCACUGCGCGAUCUGUUGUUAUUUUGUCAGGAUGCUGCAUUAAUACAAAGGGUUAGACAUUAUUUAUUUAUUUAUUUAUUUUAAUUUAAGAGAAAAAUACUGUUAUUUUCUCAUCCUCACAAUCGUGACUAAGUUUAGAAUCAAGUAGGAAAUAUCUGGAGAAGUAUCAUCUGGACUGAGAUCUGCUGCUGUGAAGAUGGUGUAUGUUAAAGAAGAGAGUGAAGAGAACACGAGUGAACCAGAAACCUGGAGAAUAAAACACGAGGAACCAGAAACCUGGAGAAUAAAACAAGAGGAACCAGAAACCUGGAGAAUAAAACACGAGGAACCAGAAACCUGGAGAAUAAAACACGAGGAACCUGAAACAUGGAGAAUAAAACACGAGGAACCAGAAACCUGGAGAAUAAAACACGAGGAACCAGAAACCUGGAGAAUAAAACAAGAAGAACCAGAAACCUGGAGAAUAAAACACGAGGAACCAGAAACCUGGAGAAUAAAACACGAGGAACCAGAAACCUGGAGAAUAAAACAAGAAGAACCAGAAACCUGGAGAAUAAAACACGAGGAACCAGAAACCUGGAGAAUAAAACACGAGGAACCAGAAACCUGGAGAAUAAAACACGAGGAACCAGAAACCUGGAGAAUAAAACACGAGGAACCAGAAACCCUGAGAAUAAAACACGAGGAACCAGAAACCUGGAGAAUAAAACACGAGGAACCCGAAACAUGGAGAAUAAAACACGAAGAACCCGAAACAUGGAGAAUAAAACACAAGGAACAAGGAGGCCUGAUGAAAAUGAAAGAAGAAAGACGAGAUCUGAAAGAGGUGGAUGAGAAAUAUCAGGAUCAGAACUAUCAUGAUGUCAAUGAAGAAAAAUCAAUGCAUUUAAUACUGUUGUAGGGGAUUCCAACACAAUAUUAGGACACUUUAAAAUACCACAUUACCUGCUGUUUAAACGCUCUUCAAAGUGUGCUAUGUCCUGCAAGCCCGCUGUUACUCAACCACCAUGAGAAGACAAGCCAUCUAGUCUCAACAGCUUUUCUUUCUUCUACAUCAGUUUAUUUUCUUUUCCUGUUGAGAGUCUUGUGUUCUAGGUUUUGCCGCAAAGCUAUGUCAGACGUAGUCUGCACCAACUUUAAAACUUCAACCAGCGUACACAACUCCACACCAUCCUUCAGGCAAUGCCCAAGACAUCACUUCCAAUGACUACUGAACUCAAGCCAAUCAACAACCUACAGAAACCCCUUUCUGCAGACAUUCCAUGCAAAAUUAAUUCCUUUACCACGAAGGCAACACAAGUACAACCACCAGAUUCUUGCUGGUUUA